AUGGUGGCGGCAGCAGCGGCUGUGCUCAUGCCCACGCCCGCAGCGGCGGCAGGCAUGACGCCGGUGGAGGCAGCAGCGGCAGCAGCAGUGGCAGUGGCAGAUCAGCCAGGCGACAACACGGUUGAAGUGCCCGUCGCGUUGCUGCAGCAGCUGAUGGCGCAGCAGCAAAGCCUGCAGCGACAGCUGUUGUUGCUGACGGCAGAGGUGUGCGUGAGCGGCCCCCCCGCCUUGCACCGCGCCGCGGCGGCAGCGCAGCAGGACGACAGCGUGAGCCUGAGCGCAGGCAGCAAGGGCGUGUUCACACUCGGGUACGCCACCUCUGCCAGUUCUGGCACAGGCACAAUGGCACGAGCACGCAGCGCAGCGGGCUACGCAACUGCGGCAGCGGCACCUGCGGCAGCGGCAAGCGCCUCAGCAAGGGGCUCGUUUGUCAGCAGGUGGGCUGGCCUCGACUGCAACCUGCCCCGCAACGGCCUGAGCUUGGUGCCGAGCGCCACAUGGGCCGCCACCCUGUACUAUGAGGGCCACAACGGCUACCCGGCGUGGAAGGACAGGGAGGAAGAGCAGGAGCAGGCCAGCCAGCGCGGCGAGCUGGGCCCGCAACAGUCAUGGCGGUCAGGCCGACGCAGGACCUGGCACCAGUUUGUGAGGGCGAUGCAGCUAGUGGAGGAGGUGGCGAAGAGGGAGCAGUGCACCCCCAUCCAGGCGGCCAAGCUGGUGGACCAGUGCCUGGAGGCACGGCAGGUGGGCAAGGCAAGGAAGAAGAGCUUUGCUUGCCUGGGCCGCUCAGACAAGGCAGAAUCAGUGCGUCAAAUGCUUGGCCUGCCGGCCAAGCCGGAGAGCAGCUGA